AUGUGGCGGCUGCGCAACCGAACGUUGCGCUUGCUGAUCUUAUGCGGCCUCUUUGCUGGCGGUCACCAACAAAUUCAAUCGCAGCAAACGGGAAAUAUCAAUCAGAAUCUUGGAUCACCGGAAGCAGGGGUACUAUUCUCUGGCACAGGAACGAAUCUUUAUUAUGGAGUGAAUUUGGUUCCAUUCGGUCCAGAAGUAGGUGACCAAGAAGUUAUACCGGGUAUGCUAACCUCUGGACAAACGAUUGAUCUCCAUAUGUAUUUUCCUUUUUAUGGUGGGCUAUAUAACUACACAACGAUAUCUGUAAAUGGUUAUAUUGGAUUCGCUGUUGUGCUUGACCAAGGACCAACAAUAAACAUUGGUCCGGACGCAACAGAUUGGCCUAAGCAUCAGGAUCCAGCCAUGAUAGCGCCAUAUCUUUGUAAACAACAAAUUCCGCAAGAUAUGAAUCCAGGAAUGCGCUCAGGCGUUUUCUUUCGGCUUAUGAUGCGACAAUCGCUUUUCGGCCGCGGUUCAGGCAGCAACAUGAAUCUUGGCGGUUCGUAUCAGAGCAGCUUCUUCGGACAGGCAGCAUCUGCGGCAUGCCAAGGUACUCAUGGAGGAUAUGUUCGGUGCGACCAGAACAGUGACUACUUCCUCGACGAAAUGAUGCGUUGGUUGCAAGAAGGAGUAGCCGGUGCAGCUGCUUUUCGUGCCGAUGCCGCUCUAGUCGUCACCUGGUACAACACCGCUUCUGCAAUAUCCGGCAGAAGUGAUAUGGAUGCUGGUCAGCUCGCCACUUAUCAGCUUGUAUGGCUCACUGAUGAGGCUGCUCGACUCAGCUACGUGAUCUUAAAUUACGACAAACUUGGUUUUGAUGCAGCUGACUUCAGGGCGAAUUCGAGGAGUGGACGAUGUCAGGCCGUUUUCAACGGAGGAAACCACACCGGUCUCGUUCCCGUAGAUCCAACUCAAGCAUUCAAGAACACUCCCAAGGUGCUAUCGCAACGAUCUGGUGUUCCGCACAUGGUUCGAGGUCGUUACAUGUUCCGAGUUGAUGAUGUAGUCCGACCGGCCGGUUGCAGCAACAAAACUGGUGGAACAUAUCCCAUGCUGAUCUACCCAAAUAUUGUUAACAUGAUGGGUGAAAUGACUGUGGACGUGAACGCUAUCUGUCUGGAUCGUGCUCAAACUUAUAUUCUUAUGAUAGAACAGCGACAGACUGCUACAUGUACAGUUCUGAAUCCAGCGAUUGCUCGAUGCCAUCUGCCAAAAAUUUACGAUUGGGGAACAAAAACAGUGUACUUCCAACCACAAAGUGGUGGUGCCAAUGACGAAAAGGCCUUCGUUGGAUAUAUUUACUUUGUUCCACCUACUCUGGAUCCAAUGCGUUUGGACAUAGGGAACAUCUACGACUGGUUUAAAAAUCCGAUUCCUUACCAGGUAAUGCCGCUCACAUGGUACCCACGGAAUUUCACAAAUCCCGACAUUGCUACACAUUUGGAGUCGGUGAGAGUAAGCGAUGAUGCCCUGUACAGUGUGCAGUUGGGUCUUUACGUCAUCGGGUAUAGAGAGUUCAAGGAUGAUGAUAUCAAGAAAUUCCGUCCAGAACACCGCGUUCUAUGUCGUCUUGCUUCAUAUUCAAACCGAAACACCUACGAAUACAGAUGGAAACCCCAGGAAGAAAGAAUUAAUAUAUACCAGGUUGAACAAUGGUACUUGAAUGAUUGGCAACGGACCCAUGAACUGUACAACUACCGUUUUGGUUACUUAAAACUUGCACCAAUCAAACCGAAUCAGGUGGAGAACACAGCUCAGACACUGCUUUCAGGCCUUGUCUCCGCGCCAAUUUCUCUUCACUGGUUAUGGACAACUAAUAAUCCUGAAUUUUCAACAACCACCUAUUCACAACAAGACGAGGCCGCCAGAGUGGAGUUUGUUAAGAAGAAAUCGCUUGAAAUGUGUCAUGACUGGUACAACGAAGAUGGUGCGCAGUGGAAUUUUAUCCGUGACACAGAGACGAACUCCUCGUGUCCAUGCAUAGAAAAACAAGCGAUGGCUGAUCUCGGUCGAUUCAUGCCGCAUCCGAGAUGCUCACAGGCAUUCCGUGAUAUAACGUGCACAGUAGCCAUCGGUGCAAGGAAUUGUUAUAUGUCAGCUCAAAACAUCUAUGGAUCGUAUGCCGGCUCUGGAAAAGGAUUUGAGAGCGAAAAUACCGCGCGUUUCCCAACCCACUACGGUCAAGUGUGCUGUUAUGACGAUGCCGGACAUUUGAUGCAAACCAGUUAUCAACCCGUUAUCAAGGUUACUCCUGAGGUUCCGUACAAUCCUGGGUUCCCGAUGAGAGCGUACGAAUUUGGCACCUCACCUUACAUGGGCCAGUAUGAGGUGCCGGGCUUAUCCGCGUUCCACAAUGACUACAUGCCGUACUUUUUAUGCUGUAAAUUUGCUGAUUUCCGUUGUCAAAUGUUCUACUGGAGACGACCAUCCAGUGGUUGUCAGGAGUAUCAGCCACCAGCAUACGGAGAAGGCAUGGGUGCUGGUACAUUUAACACAAUCGACAACGACAAGUUUAUUUUCAAUGAACCCGGGGUAUUCAACGUGCUGUACAUCCCGCAGACCACUGCCACUCCAGAAGUGAAAGUACAACUGAGACUUGAACGUUAUCCGAACAGACGUGUGGACUUCAGUCUUCUCGGUCAUGGAAUGGCUCAACAGGAUCUUGUCCAACCCACAAACACUACCGUAAUCACUGGCGUUGCCCUAGAAGCAACUGGUACCGAUCGGGUUCACAUCGUUGCUAGGAAGGACACGAGGCGAUUCCGCUACAGAACCAGCAUCAUCGUGGGAAACAUCAUGCGCUACUUUGAUACAAUGAGGAUUCAGAGGUUUAAAGGUGUUUUGAUCUACGUGAAUAACGUUGAAAGGGGUCAACCUGAGAUUUAUGUGGUUCUGGAAGAGGCUCAGAUUGGCAUUCGUGUCAGGGAAUCCUACGCCAUUGAUGUUGAUCGUUAUUCAAAUUAUCAAGAAAGCAUGGGGUUGUUGAAUGUGGCUCUCAGCGUACCACCGCAAUACGGAGUGCGUCCGGACGGUGACAAAACAAGAGAGAUGGAGAUGCGACAACGAUACAAUCUGCCAAGAGUUGCUGGACUAAUGAGGCCGUUCCCAGAUCAAAGCUCUGCAAGCUUUUUGCAAACUCUGACGCUCAACGAUGUAAAUUCGGAAACUUACAGACAGCAGAUCAUUAACAUGUAUCGAGUGCAAGGUUCUGGUGAACCAGGAUCAGAUCAAUCGCUGGCCUCCGCAAACCAAGCCGGAAUGCCAACAGAGAAUAUGUUCACCACAAGCAGAGAUGAAGACAAAAAGUUUGAAGUAUUCCCAGAAGCAUCCAUGAAGAGUGGUCCCAUUUACAGAGUGGCGCCAAAAUAUGAAUCGGGUCGAUAUCGAUUCCAUCCUGUCACAGGUCAAACUCUUAACCAACAGUUACAGACUUGUCGUGAUCUACAACAACAAAACAUCAUUAAUGUUCAACCGAUGCAAUCACAGCUGACCGAAGCAUACGGUAUGUCACAAUGUCCAGACAAUCCAUCAGCUGUUAUUUCUGAAUGUGGAGAUUCCGUUCCAUGCCUUUACGAUUACACAACACUUAAUGCUAAGGUGCUGGGAGUAAGAGUAAAAGAAGAAUGGAAUGUAUUUACAACGGAACGACAGGAUGCUUCACGAUUCUAUAACAGCUGCGGACCUAUUAAUAUAGAAUACCCCGAAUAUCUUAUCAAAACGUCGUCAAUGUAUUCGGCGUAUAUGCAAGGAGAUGUGGCAAGAUUCGAAUGUGUUCAAUCACAUUGGAUUAAAGGAGUGCACGAGUACAAAUGCGGAGUUGUUGUGGAUUACAAUCGACCAAACGAAUACCGUUUUGAAUGGAACAAAGGCGAACAACCGUGGUGCAGAUCACGAGAAAAAGAGAAUUUCCUCAUUUGGUUAAGUGCAAUCUUGGGAACAAUCGCUAUUAUUAUGGCUAUAAUCUUCAUAUUCCUCUGUUGUUGGUGUGUGAAACAACAAAAGAGAGAGGAAAAACGAGUAGCAUAUGGUAACGGCGUUAGUAGUCGGUCCACUUCAUUUAGCAGGCAGAAGUUCGGUGCACCGUCCUUUGAAACCGAACCAUUGCAAGAAAAACCACGUUAUGCUGAUAUCCUACCUCGAGACGGCUAUCGGGAGCCGUCACCUACUCGAGGGUUCAAGGUAGACGAUCGUGGUGGGAUGCCAUCUCACCUUUCAACUCCGGAGUCUUUCAUGGGGCCCUCAAGUAAAUUACAAGGAUUUAACACCUCCGUGUAG